AUGGCUCGCCUGUCUCAGUUCCUUCUCGCCUGCGCUCUAGCAGUCAAAGCCUUCGCUGCCCCCGCCGCCGAGGCCGAGCCGGUCGAGGAACGGGGCCCCAACUUCUUUUCUGCUCUUGCUGAGCGCUCGACUGGCAGUUCCACUGGCUACUCAAACGGCUAUUAUUACAGCUUCUGGACCGACGGCGCCAGCGGCGAUGUCGAAUACAGCAACGGUGCCGGGGGGUCCUACAGCGUGACCUGGUCAUCAGCCUCGAACUUCGUCGGUGGAAAGGGCUGGAACCCUGGAAGUGCUCACGAUAUCACAUACUCCGGCUCCUGGACCAGCACCGGAAACAGCAACAGCUACCUCUCCGUCUACGGCUGGACCACCGGUCCCCUCGUCGAGUACUACAUCCUGGAGGACUACGGGGAGUACAACCCUGGCUCCGCUGGCACCUACAAAGGCACGGUCUACUCUGACGGAUCGACGUACAAUAUCUACACGGCGACCCGCACCAACGCCCCCUCCAUCCAGGGCACGGCCACCUUCACCCAGUAUUGGUCCAUCCGUCAGACAAAGCGCGUCGGCGGUACCGUGACGACUGCCAACCACUUCAAUGCCUGGGCGAAGCUGGGCAUGAAUCUGGGCACCCACAACUAUCAGAUCGUCGCUACGGAAGGCUACUACUCGUCUGGGUCUGCGUCCAUUACAGUAGCCUAAGAGCGUGCAUGUAUCCUGCUGCGAUAGAUGCUGUAUCUUUGGUACUGAGGUCGUGAGGGUAGUAAGUUGAUGAGGGGGUUGGGUUGCGUGUCCUUGAACAGGGUGGCAGAAUGGGAAUGCUGAGGAGUGUUAACUUUGGAUUGAUUGUCUUCAUUCAGAUUUAGGCUCAGCCCUCACAGUACAGAG